UGCCUUGCAGGUUAUAGCAACAUCUGGCCACAAUGCAGAUUUUCCCAUUGGCAAUCAGCCAGUCUCUGAGGACACUUACAGAAUGAACUUGGCUAAAGGAGUCUCAAUGUCGCUGCCGUCGUCACCUCUGCUGCCACGCCAGUCCUAUUUGGUGCAGUCAAGAUCAAACAAAAAGUCUCCAGGUCCGAUGAGGAAGCCCAAGUAUGUGGAAAGUCCUAGAGUGCCAGGUGAGGCAGCUCUACCACUGAGAAAAGGAUCAGAGCAAGGAGAACCCAGUCAAAAUGCAAAGCCUGAUAAAGACUCGAGCUGUUCUCCUGCAGCACAAGAAUUGAUGACAAGAUUGGGUUUUUUACUGGGAGAAGGGAUCCCAACUUCUGCUCAUAUAGAAGAGAAAAAUGAAGUCAUGUGUACAGUAGCCAGUCAAGGAGUGAGUCCAUGUUCCACCCUCACAAGCAGCACUACGUCACCUAGCACUGAUAGUCCUUGCUCAACUCUCAAUAGCUGUGUUGGCAAAACAGCAGCUAACAAAGGCAGUCCCUGUGGAACCAUUAGCAGCCCUAGCUCUACCCUGGAGAGCAAGGACAGUGGAAUUAUAGCAACUAUAACCAGUUCAUCAGAAAACGAUGAUCGUAGUGGAUCCAGUUUGGAAUGGAGCAAGGAUGGGAGUCUCAGAGCUGGAAGACAUCAAGGGAUUAGUCACGAUCGAAGAACAGAUAAUUGUUCACCAGUUGCAGAAGAGGAAGCCAUUGGAUCUGCUGAGAAUUUGCCAAAAGUACUACCAACAGGAGAGGGUCCCGUUCCUUAUGCUCAAAGUUCUGGCUCUUUAAUAAUGCCUCGUCCAAACUCUGUUGCAGCAACAAGUUCAACCAAACUGGAAGAUCUGAGUUAUUUGGAUGGACAAAGAAAUACUCCUUUACGCACUUCAAUUCGCUUACCUUGGCACAACACUGCUGGUGGAAGAGUGCAGCAGGAAAGUAAAGCUCGUUUCAUCCCCUAUAAGCCUCAAGACAUUUUGCUGAAGCCACUGUUGUUUGAAGUGCCAAGCAUAACAACAGACUCUGUGUUUGUUGGAAGAGAAUGGCUGUUUCAAGCGAUUGAAGAAAAAUUGAAGAAUACUGAUCCAGCAGAGAACAGGGGAGCAGUCGUUACUGGAAAUGUGGGAUUUGGGAAGACUGCAGUUAUUUCACGGCUGGUGGCACUUAGCUGCCAUGGAAGUCGCAUGAGGCAAAUAGCUUCAAAUAGCCCUAAUUCAUCCCCCAAAAGUGGUGAAUCCUGUCAGGAGAUUCCCUUAAGUCAGUUACCCUCAUCUGCUCCUCCAACAAGUGGUACAAAUACAGUGAAGACUCUGAAUUGUCCUGGUACUCCUGAAUACCAAAAUCAAACAGGUGAUUCUGUGAGGCGCCUUGCUUCAAAGGUCGUUGCUUACCACUACUGUCAAGCUGACAACACAUACACGUGUCUUGUCCCAGAAUUCGUGCACAGUAUUGCAGCUUUACUUUGUCGUUCAAAUCAAUUAACGGCAUACAGAGAUCUUCUAAUAAAAGAGCCUCACUUACAAAGCAUGCUUAGCCUGAGAUCUUGUGUCCAAGAUCCAGGGGCAGCUUUUAAAAGGGGAGUGUUGGAACCACUUUCAAACCUCAGGAAAGAGCGGAAAAUUCCUGAGGAAGACUACAUAAUUUUGAUAGAUGGUUUAAAUGAUGCUGAAUUUCAUAAACCUGAUUAUGGUGACACACUUUCUUCAUUUAUCACAAACAUAAUAUGUAAGUUUCCUCCCUGGCUGAAGCUCAUUGUGACAGUAAGAACUAACUUCCAGGAAGUAGUAAGUUCACUGCCCUUUAUUGCAAUAUCCCUGGACAAUUUUCCAGACAACAAAGAAAUUCAUGAUGACUUGAAUGCUUAUAUUCAGUACAGAAUUAAUAACAGCCAGGAAAUUAUAAACAACAUAUCCUUAAAUGGAAAAGCUGAUGCAGCUAUUAUUGGGAAAGUGAGUAACCACCUGAUCAUGAGAAGCCUGGGAUCUUAUCUCUAUUUGAAACUCACUCUGGAUCUUUUCCAAAAAGGUCACUUAGUAAUCAAAAGUGCAAGCUACAAGGUUGUUCCAGUGUCUCUAUCAGAACUGUACUUACUUCAAUGCAAUAUGAAGUUCAUGACAAACUCUGCUUUUGAGCGAGCCCUACCAAUAUUAAAUGUGGCACUGGCAUCCCUACAUCCCAUGACAGAUGACCAGAUUUUCCAAGCUAUUAAUGCAGGCCAAAUAAAUGGUGAACAACAAUGGGAAGACUUCAGCCAAAGGAUGGAAGCCCUUUCGUGUUUUCUGAUAAAAAGACGUGACAAAACACGUAUGUUCUGCCAUCCUUCCUUCAGGGAAUGGUUUGUUUGGAGAGCAGAUGGUGAAAAUACUGACUUCUUAUGUGAGCCAAGGAACGGACAUGCUCUACUGGCUUUCAUGUUUUCUCGACAAGAGGGAAAGUUAAACCGCCAACAGACUAUGGAACUUGGUCAUCAUAUACUGAAAGCUCAUAUUUUUAAGGGUCUCAGUAAAAGGACUGGAGUUUCUUCCAGUCAUCUUCAAGCCUUGUGGGUUGGUUAUAGUACUGAUGGACUGUCUGCAGCCCUUGCUUCUCUGAGAAACAUCUAUACACCCAAUGUGAAGGUGAGUCGGCUGCUGAUCUUGGCAGGAGCAAAUGUAAAUUACAGGACUGAAGUACUAAAUAAUGCUCCAGUGCUAUGUGUUCAGUCGCACCUUGGACAUGAAGAAGUGGUCACUCUUUUACUAGAAUUUGGAGCUGCUAUUGAUGGAACUUCAGAAAAUGGGAUGACAGCACUUAGUUACGCAGCCGCUGCAGGUCACAUGAACAUAGUUUCACUGCUGUGCAAAAAAGGUGCAAAGGCUGACUGUGUAGACAAGAAAGGCCAGUGUGCUUUGGUCCAUAGUGCAUUGAGAGGGCAUUGUGAUAUCCUUGAAUACUUGCUCAAUGUUGUUUGGAUAACUCCUUCUCAAGAACAAAAUUCACUAACAAAAAGCCAUGCACUGCAACAAGCGCUAACAGCAGCUUCCAGUAUGGGACACUGUCAGGUGGUUUGUUACAUCUUGACAAUUGAAAAGGAACAUGAAAUAGACAUCAAUGACACUGAUGCCUUGUGGGGAGAAACAGCCCUUACAGCUGCUGCAGGAAGAGGAAAACUGGAAGUCUGCGAAUUACUUCUUGAACACGGAGCAGUUGUGACGAGAGCUAAUAGAAGGGGGAUUCCUCCACUUUUCUGUGCAGUACGGCAGGGGCACUGGCAGAUUGCUAAACUUCUAGUGGAGCAUGGGUCUGAUGUGAAUUUAAGUGACAAGCAAGGCCGAACUCCACUUAUGGUGGCUUCUUGUGAAGGACAUUUGAGCACUGUGGAAUUUCUGCUUUCUGAAGGUGCAACUAUUUCAUCUCUGGACAAAGAAGGACUGACAGCUUUGAGCUGGGCAUGUCUAAAAGGCCACAGGGAAGUGGUUCAGUAUUUAGUUGAGAAAGGUGCAACAACUGAUCAGACAGACAAAAAUGGACGAACACCCCUAGACCUGGCAGCUUUUUAUGGAGAUGCUGAUAUUGUGCAGUAUUUGGUAGAGAAAGGAGCAAUGAUUGAGCAUGUUGACCACAGUGGCAUGCGGCCACUGGACAGAGCUAUCGGAUGUCGUAAUACGUCAGUAGUGGUUAUGCUACUGAGAAAAGGAGCUAAACUAGGAAAUGCAGCAUGGGCAAUGGCCACCUCAAAACCCGAUAUUCUCCUUAUUCUGCUGCAGAAACUGAUGGAAGAAGGAAAUAUACUGUACAAAAAAGGUAAGAUGAAGGAAGCAGCACAGCGCUAUCAGUAUGCCUUGAGGAAGUUUCCAAGGGAAGGAUUUGGAGAAGAAAUGAAAGCAUUCGAUGAGCUGAGAGUUUCAUUAUACCUAAAUUUAUCACGAUGUCGCCGAAAAACAAAUGACUUUGGUAUGGCUGAAGAGUUUGCUACCAAAGCAUUGGAUCUGAAACCAAAGUCUUACGAAGCCUAUUAUGCUAGGGCAAGAGCCAAGAGGAACAGCAGAAAACUACUUGCUGCUCUUGCUGACUUACGUGAAGCCACACAGCUGUGUCCUAGCAAUCAAGAGAUAAAACGUCUCCUGGCUCGAGUAGAAGAGGAAUGCAAACAGUUCCAGAGAACACAGCAACAGAAGCAUCAGUCUCCACAGCUACUACAGCAAAUUAACAACUCUGAUAAUGAGGAGGAGGGCAUUAUACAAGGUGUGAAUGAUAAUUUUAAUCUUCAAGACAGGGAGGAAGAACUGCCAUGCUCUGAUGAAUCUGUUUCCUCUCCACAAAGGCUGCAACAUUCCUUAGCUGCUUCAUCGUACAGCAGGACCCUUCAAGAAGGUGUUCAGCAGAAAGCUAGAUCUGUGUCCCCUCAAAGCAGAACAGGCAAUAAAUAUCUGAGAGAGCCAGGCUUGAUUGUGCAGCCAACAAAGCAGGCACAGAUUGUAAAAACUAAUCAGCACCUGAGCUCCAUCCAGCCUGGAUCAAAAAUGGGAAGCAGUCAAUGUAAUACAAAGACACAAUCAUCUUUUCAGCAUCUUCCCCAAAGUCCCUUGCCAGUCCGGCACUCUAAAAUUCAGCAUUUGGAUGGGACAAGCACAUUAUCAUCUGGAAGUGUUUCCCCAGGUCCUAGUUCUGAACUGCACAAUGAGAAAUUUAUGUCCAGCCAGUGUUCCCAUCCACAGCAUAGUGAGAAUCUCUCUUCUCAUUCUUUUGCAAGUAAGUCUAAAACCGCUGACAGGUUAACAGCCCCUACUCAAAUGAAUUUCAGUGAAGCAAGGCAGCAAAGUCCUGUAACCAGUGGCGUCUCUUCUAGUUCUCCAUCCAGUAGUAUGAUUCUUGCCAGCUCAACCAGCAGCUUAACUUCAGCCAGUAGUUUUUCAGAUAGUACUAAGGGGCUAGGCCCAGAUGUUCGACUCAAGGAGACUAACGUUAAUCAAGUUCAGGGUACUGUUGAACACAGACCUCGCAAUACCCCAUUUAUGGGAAUCAUGGAUAAGACUGCAAGGUUUCAGCAGCAAAAUACUCAAUCCAGUCGCACUUGGCACUCUCAGGCAUCGGAUGGAUUAUCAAAUGUUGCUUCUGGGGGCAUUCAGUCCUCAAGUUUUGAGCAGUUCUCAGUCAAACACUACCAAACUAAAAUUUCCUCUACUGGUGCUGCCCCAGGAGAUAGCAACCAGAAUGGUAUGCAAGCUAAAGAACGCAAGGAGCUGAAGUGCCAAAUACCUGCCCAGUGUCAAGACACCAGAGCACCUAAACAAGCUUUGCGUUUAUACCCAGAUGCUGUAUCAAAACAGCAGUCUCACAUCAGUAAGGAAGGCCAUCUAAGUCAUGUCACAUCUACAAAACCAAAGCGAUCAUUCAUUGAAUCAAAUGUAUGAAUAUCAUUUUGUGUAUUUAUGGGGUUGUAAAACUUAGCUCGUAAUAUCAUAGGGUAUUACUUCUAUACAAAAUACUGAUUGGCUGGUCACUUUGAGUAAGUUGAGGAAGCUGUCCAUGUUGGCCAGUACUUCAUGGGAUACAACCACUUUAAACUGUUCCUACCAUCACAGGACAGUUACAGUAACUGGAAUAGCAAAUUUGUGUAGAAAGAGUCAAUUAGAAUCAUCAAUCCACCAAACUAGGACCUCAUGCAGAGAAAUCCCUCCCAUUACCUUUUAUGAUUAAAUAAGACUUUCCUUUUACAUAGGGCUUUAAUCUUGGCUUUUGGUUAUAUUACAUCUCAUCACUUACUUACAUAAUGAUCGUGCCUCUAUAAUGCUUAAGAACUUACUUCUCAAAACAGUGUUAAGAAAGAUACCUGCUGGAUAAUACUCAGAUCUGUAUAUGUAUGGGUUUUUUUUUUUAAAUCAAAGUAUUUUAUCACUUUUCUAGUGGGAUCUAAUCUGGGUUGCAUGAUGUACAUUUAGGAAGCAUAAAUAAUUUGUGUAUGAGUAAACUAUAAGCAGCCAUGUUUUGACAUGUAAAUAUAUUUUUAGUAACUAGAAGAAAUCAAGUAGAAUAAACAAUGACAUUUGCAUGUGUAUUGAAAGGCUUUGACCAUAUUGGUUACUGCACUGAAGAACACAAUAUUAUGGCAUAUUAACAAUAAUCGCACUUUAUAUAGUUUAUCUAAUCACCUUUGGGUGCUAUCUUAAAGCAAAAUGAUUUAUUGUUUAUUCGUGAAAAAGGUACAGCAAUGAAAUGUUUAGUAAGUGUUUUUAUGGGAGACACAAGAAAUGGAUGAAGAUGAAAGUUUGAGGAAAAGUGUAUGUGCGGUUGCAUGACAGGAUGAAGUUAUGAAGUUUUUCAGAGGAAAUAAGGUUUUAUAUUGGCAAGAAUGUUCUGAAAAUAAGUAGAUGUAGUGAUGUUCCUAUGAGUGCAAUGAGGUUGGAGUGGUCAACUUUACAUAGUCACUUUUCAUGUCUUGUUUAUGUACAGUGUUUUAUGUACAUUGUAAGCAUCCGUACCCAUUUUUACAAAUGCUUUUUGAGUUUGCAUCAUUAUGCUUUAGCUUAUUUAUUGUUUACCGUUUCUUUGGUAUUUUGUACAAGUCCUAUAUUAGUCUUGUCCUGUAGUUCUAUUUUUGCACAGCUACUGUAUUUUUUCCAUACGAAAUAAAGAUUAUUAAUA